GAAUGAGUGGAUGGUUAAAAAAAAGAUGGUGGACAGGAUUGGUUGCCGGCCGAAUUGAAUUGAUACGACGCGAGUUGUAAAUUUGAUAUAAUUUGUGUGAUUUGACUACAUAAUGGCUCGCAAUAAAUCACCAUCAGCUACGUCGGAUAAAGACAAGAAGAAACCAAAGGAUAAGAAGAAAAAGGACGAUUCAGGAUCCAGUAGCAGCGAUAGUAGCGGCAGUUCAUCAGAGAGCAGUUCAUCAAGGUCAUCGUCUCGGUCCUCCUCAAGUAGUUCCGGCAGCUCCUCAAGAUCUUCUUCCUCGUCCAGCUCAUCCAGCAGCAGUAGCAAUGACCGCUCCAGGGCCAAGAAGAAGACAUCACCACAGAAGAGUCCAGUGAAGGAUCGUCGAGAGCCGGACCGGGAGAAGCUUCGGGACAGAUCACCGCUUGGAGACAAGAAGAAGAUCUCGGCUCCAUCAUCUAAUGACAAGGCGAAAAGCAAGGACAAGCAUGACAGAUCUCCAGCAAGAAAAAAGAGAGAGCGUUCACCGCCGCCGCGUCCUACACGCAUCCACAUCGGACGAUUGACUCUGAAUGUCACCAAAGACCAUCUUCAAGAGAUAUUCUCAACAUACGGCACUGUGAAAACUAUAGAGUUCCCGAUGGAUCGCCUGCAUCCGCACAACAGUCGCGGAUACGCCUACGUGGAGUACACGAAUGCCGACGAAGCAGAAAAUGCAAUGAAACAUAUGGAUGGAGGGCAGAUCGACGGGCAGGAGAUCACGGCGGCGCCGGUGCUGAUCCCGUCGCGGCCGCGCCGCGUGUCGCCCGCGCCGCGCCCGCCGCCCCGCCACGCCCCGCUCCGCCGACACUCGCCGCCGAGGUACCGCCGCCGCAGCCCUGUGCGCCGCCGCUCGCCGCCGCGGCGCCGGCGCACGCGCUCGCGCUCCCCGCGCCCCGCGCCGCGCCGCCGCCGCUCCAGGUCCUCCUCCUCCUCCUCCCGCUAGUCGCCCCACACCCCCACCCCUCCACACACACACGCGCACCCGGUGCGACUCACACCGGUAGACUAGUUUCCUGUAGGUGAUGUUGUUUCGUGGCAGUCGUGUUCUUAAUUGACUGGACUUAUUUGAACUUUUAAACUAACAAAAGAACUUUUGUUAAAGUUUCGAUUAUUGCAUAAUAUGAUAAUUGAUGACAUAGUUUAUAUUUUAUUGAACAUUGUUGAUGUUUACUUACUAGGAAACUAGCCUGUAUUACACAAUGAAAUACAUAGUUGGUAUUGGAGGUUUGGUACAUUUUAAUCCGGGCGAUAAUUACUUGUUCUAAAGUUAAUGUUAGCUUCGAAGACAUCAAACCGAUAAAAUUACAAGCAUCUGGAGAAAAGUAUACCAAAAUUAACUCCAUCUCACGACACAUUCCAGAGCCUUCACAUGAGGUAAGUAUGAAUCCGAUUCCCUCUCUAUUGGUAUAAACUGGUGCUGUAGAUUCUACAGAAAGGUAAGUAUAGUGUCAUGAAUGCAAUGGUUAUAAUUAACUUGCAAAUUUCUCAUUAUAAAAGCUUGCAAAAUGGAAACUGAAACAGUGAAUGAUCAGUGAAGCUCCAAAUGAACUGAAUAUUGGUGAAGUGUUCAAUGUAUCUCAGUACCAAUUUUUAUUUGUAUAAUCAGAGACAUUUGACUUUAAUAAAUUGUAAUACUAAU